UAAAUUUUUACGCAUGUAAAGGGCUCCGGAGCCCAAAAAGUUUGAGAACUGCUGGCUUAGUACCUUGCAGCUUAAACCCACUUGCAGCAUCUGCAAAGGGUGGAGCUUUAAAGUUAGUUUCUUUUACUGCAGUCCAAGAGGUAGGCUCACCUUUGUUUCCUUUGACUUACAACCUGGUCUAUUACAGUCAGUUCUGCAGCAGUUGGAAGGAAUGGAUUUGAAACUAGUCACUCUCUUUUGUCUUGCAUUUGUGGUUGUUCAGACAUCUGAGGCUACUCUCUUUCCAGUCUCCUUUAACUGUUGCACAGAAAUAGCGCCCCAUGUGCCCAGAAGACUGCUAAGAAAAGUUAAACGUUUUGAAGUCCAGAAAGAUGAUGGCGUGUGCAACUUACCAGCUGUGAUCCUUCAUGUAGAGAACAAGAAGUUAUGUAUAAGCUCACAUAAUAAAACCAUUAAGAAAUGGAUGAAGAGGAACAACAUCAAAAAUUGUGGAAGAAAUGCAAAGCUUCAUUGUGGGGGGGGAGCGGGAAAGGAACAUCAAAAGGAAAAAUAAAAUUGCGGUGAAGCAAUAGUGUGCUGAAACAACACCCAUGAUGGAGUAAUCUGUGAAUGCUGCAUUGUGUUCUUUGUAAUAGACAAAUGUGGGUUAGACAUUCACAUACAGUGACUGCUCAAUAUUAUGCAAUUACAUCUUAAAAUAGUUUUUCAAACAUUUAAAUUUCUGGAGCAAGCAGUGAGCAAGAUGUCAGCUACACCUAUACUUUAUCACCUUUCAUAUGGAUCUUAAAAAGACAUUGAUCUUUGGGAAUUGUCGUGGCCAGAUAAUGGCAAAAGUAGAUGCAUUAGGAAUGAUGUCCAUUCCUCACCACAUCUUAUGCGCUCUAUUCUGCUUCCUCCCUGAUCUCUCUGUAUUCUUCAAUACUUCUGAUUUCUGACACCCUCUUCUGGCUUGGCUUUCAUAGUCAUCCUUUUCACUCUCCAAGGACUGUUUUAACAACUUUUUCUUAUGUGAUUCCUCCUACUCCUCUUGCUUAGCUUGGGUCCUGU